AUGUCCAAUCUCUACCCAUCAUCAUCAUCAAAAAGAAAUUGCACCCACCCAUCCAACACCGUCACCACUUGCUCUCCCCAAUCCUCGUGCAACAACAACGACGAGAAGGAAGAAGAAGGUUGUACAGACUCUCUCUCAAUUCUAACAACAACAACAACAACAACCACAACACCUACCUUGUAUGCUCUCAACCCCAAUAACUCACUCCCUUUGACCCAUCCCUCAUGCCAUCUCCUCCCCGCUUCUUCUUCUUCUUCCGAUCAUAGCCUUUCUUCUUCAUCCUCCCUUUCAACAUCACCAUCCAUGGCCUCCACCACGACCAGUCUCAAAACAUGCAAUGAUGAUGUUUCCUCUCUCUCUCCACUUCCUAACAAUCUCAUGAUGGAAAGGACGAACUAUCAUCACACAGGUGAUGCAUCCUCUUCCAUCUCGCCCUGCUGCUCCAAUGCCGCCAUCUCCACGACUCCCAAAUCUCUGAAACAUCCCAAAUAUAAGCCUACUAACUUAUUCAUUCCAAGUGUUCUUCAAUUAUCUCCUUCAACAGCAACCCGACAAACCUGUUCUUUUUUGAAUCAUGGCUCAAUGACCUCUCUGAACCAAAACAAGAUUCCGACAACCUCUCCACGUGGAAGUCGCUCAGCCGAGUGCUAUGACACCACAAGCAAGUUGGAAACCCACAAUAAUAAUAUUUCCCAAUGUUCUUCGUUGACACCCUCACCUGGAGAUCAUCCCUCUUCGGCAGAAUUGUUUCAUACCAAUAACAACAAAAACAAAGCAACUGAUGAGAAAUCGAGUUGUGAUGAUAAUAACACCAAUGUAUCCACCGCUAAUGCAUUUCAAUCUGAGGCUGAAUUGUAUAAAUCUCUUGGAUUUGAGUUAGUGAAAUUGAAUAUUGGCAGAGGAGUGACCUCUCAGGUCAACUUGGUCAAAAAGUUAAAUUCAACACAACAUUCUCGUCAAUGUUCUUCUGAUGGUGAUGAACCUAAAGUCGUACCCAGGUUUGCUGAAGAAGAAUUUACUUUGAGAAGAAGAGAUGCCACUCCCGACGACGAUGAACAGGACUCCAUGGAGUCAUCACAACACAAUAUUGCAUCCUCUUGUACUAACGUUACUACUCGUUCUUUUGAUUCUCUUUCAAAUUCUCCAGACGAAGAACAUGAAGCUCUUGAUGACAGUAUUUUCUUUGCAGAGAAAGUUAUUAAUCUUCAUUUUGUAAAUGAGAGUACUUUUGAUGGCAGCAACAAUCAUUCAUUCAAUGACAUUGAGAGAGAAGAACAAUGUCUCAUGCAAUGCAAGAAUUCUCCUCACAUUGUUCAGUUGAACAAAUCGAUUCGAACGAACAAACACCAACACCGAUUCUUCCUCGAGUACAUUGAUGGUACCACUCUUUCCAACAUUAUUAAGCAAAAAAAAGAGAGCUUGAAUAAUGAUGAAUGUAUGAGUUCAAUUGUGACCGAGAAGGAACUCUCACUCAUAGCUCAACAAUUAUUGAGAGCACUCAUUUACCUUAAACAACAAGGAAUUUUGCAUAGAGACAUUAAAUCUGAGAACGUCAUGAUCACUCGAACAGGUUGUGUCAAGUUGGUUGACCUUGGAUUGGCCAUGCCACUUGAAACAAACCAACUCCUCGUGACCAUGACGGAACAUGGAGUCUCCUCUAAGGAGGUGCUGGAUCAUGUUGGUGAUGUAUUUGGUUAUUACUCUUCGUCGUUAUGCGACAAUGAAGCGCUCAGUCUCACUUCUGAAGUCAUCACUAAGGGAACGUAUUGCUAUAUGUGUCCUCAUAAAUUACUCACUGGAAACGAAAGUUUCAGCUCUGAUUUAUACAGUUAUGGCAUGACCUUGUUAGAAUUAUUUGUUGGUAAAUUGCCAUUCGAUUUUGUGAACAGCCCAUCCGACUUUGUAAGACAAAACAACCACGACGAUGCAUUUUCUUCGCCAUCAUCAACAGCACUAAGCCACGAUACUUUGUUUCCUUUGGCUGACAUUGUCGCAUUUGACGUUAAGGAAUAUUGCACAGAUCUUGUCCUUAAGGGUCUCAUGGGUGAAGAGUUGUGUGAUUUUCUAUGUGCAUGCAUGGACAAGAAUAUCCACUCGAGAAGUGAUUGCCACUCGUUACAGAACCAUCCGUUCUUGGCGAACACUUGUUCGAUGAGCCAUGAAGAAGUUUGCCACUCGUUGAGAUCAGUUUUGAACCAACAUUGGUCAUUUCACUAA